UUCACGACCGUGUCCUGUCUCCCAGGUAUAAUGUGAUAUUUCGUUACCUGCUGAGUGUGCGGCGGGUGCAGUCUGAGCUGCAGCACUGCUGGGCUCUACAGAUGCAGAGGAAACACCUCAAAUCCAACCAGACAGAUGCUGUCAAGUGGAGGCUACGCAACCACAUGGCUUUCCUGGUGGACAAUCUGCAGUACUACCUACAGGUGGACGUGCUGGAGUCUCAGUUCUCUCAGCUGCUGCAGCAGAUCAACUCCACCAGAGACUUUGAGAGCAUCCGGCUGGCCCACGACCACUUCCUUAGCAACCUGCUAGCACAGUCCUUCAUCCUGCUCAAGCCGGUGUUCCACUGUCUGAAUGAGAUCCUGGAGCUGUGUCAUAACUUCUGCUCAUUGGUCAGCCAGAACGUGGCUCCGCUGGAUGAGAGAGGAACAGCCCAACUGGACAUCUUGGUCAAGGGUUUCAGUCGUCAGUCCUUCCUGCUCUUCAAGAUCCUGUCAGGUGUCAGAAACCACCAGAUCAACUCUGACCUGGCUCAGCUGCUGCUCAGGCUGGACUACAACAAGUACUACACCCAGUCAGGAGGCACCCUGGGCAGGUAGGGACCUGACGUGACACUACACUACACCCUGGGCAGGUAGGGACCUGACACUACACUACACCCUGGGCAGGUAGGGACCUGACAUGACACUACACUACACCCUGGGCAGCUA